AUGGCGGGAGCAGACAGUCCCUCGGCCGCCCUCCGGCGCCGCGACCUGUGUGCCCGCGGCAUCCGCCUGGCCGGGAAGAUGCGCUCGGACGUCGUCGACCUCCUGGACGCCUACGUGGAGCAGCAGGGCCUGGACGCCUCGGCCAGCGUGGCGGCGGUGGAGGGGGUGCCGCCGGCGGCGGUGGAGCGCUGGGACGAGCAGACGGGGACCCAGCGGCUGCUGGAGAACCUGGCGGCGUACAGGGCCUUCCGCGGGCUGCUGGCGCAGAUGCUGGAGGAGCAGCGGGAGCAGCUGGGUGAGGCCGACGCCGCCCUGGGCCGGGCGCUGGCGGCCGUGCUGCUCCAGGUCUCGGCCUUCGCCUACCACCUCGAGGAGCUGCUGCGGCUGGAGAGCCGCGGGCCCCCGAGCGACGAGGGGGACGGGCCGCCCCCCCAGCCCCAAAGCGUCUUCGAGCAGAAGCUGCGGGGCCUGGGGGUGCUGCGGGAGCUGGCCCAGUGGGCCGUGAGGUCUGCGCGGGACCUGCGGCAGCUCGCCAAGCCCGGCCCGGGCGCUGGCUCGGCCCCCAGCCCGGCCGAGAGCCCGUGA